AUGAUUAUCCCAGUUAGAUGCUUUACUUGUGGCAAAGUUGUUGGCCAUAUGUGGAAUGACUUCUUAUAAAUGAUCAGCGAAUCUAACCCUAAUAAAAAGGAUAUGAAGAGUGCUUUAGAUGAAUUAAGAUUAAAUAGAUAUUGCUGCAGAAGAAUGAUUCUCACUCACUGUGAUUUAAUUGAUAAGUUACUUAACUACAACAUUUACAAGGGUCAAAGUUGA